AUGGGUGGACUUGCUCCGAUGAACAUAAUAACAGACCAGGAUUUUAGCAUGCGUGCAGGCAUAGAGGAGGUCUUUCUGUUGGUAGUGCACAGGCACUGCAGGUGGCACAUUAUAAAGAAGGCUGAGGAGACGCUAGGACCGUUCUUUGCUGACCGUCUAGAGCUGCACAAGGCAUUCGAGCUGUGCGUGGACCACAGCUUGACGAUGGAGGAGUUUGAAAGGAGCUGGAUGGCUAUGAUUGAAGCAUAUCAAGUCCAAGACCACGAGACGCUUGCUAGCUUGUGGGAAAAGCGAAUGUACUGGGUGCCGGCCUACUUCAUGCAGUGCUUCUUCCCGUUUCUGCAGACUACAUAG